GACUGCUCAGGGUGGAAAGCCAUGGCUCCCCAACUCCGCUUCGCCUGCCGGCUAUUGGUCUGCUGGGUGGUGGUAACCGUGGCAGAAGGACAAAAAGCAGUAGCCACCCCUCUUAGAGGUUCACAAGAUGAUGGAGGCCCUACAGACUGCGAGAUCUUUACACUCACCCCUCCACCCACCAUAAGGAACCCGGUGACGAGGAUUCAGCUCGUCCCAAGGACACCCAAGUGUCCCUUUCACUUUUUUCCACAAGGGCCUAGAGUCCACAUUAGGUUUCCAAACAGACCUUUCCUUCCUCGGAAGUGCAAUCGUCGUUUUCAGUUUCGUCCGUUCUUUUGGCCACACAGUCGCCUCACUCCUCAUUACAGAUACUUCCCCAGAAGAAAACUGUGGAGAGGAAGCUCCUCUGAAGAAAGCAGAGAGAAAAGAGAAGCCCCAGACAUGCUGAUGCAAAAGAGGCCAAUACCUCCGAAAAGAGAUUAAAAACAUUCCUGCUUUCUUUUUCCAAACUAAAGUGAUUGGAGUUGAACAUGAAGUAUCUUAAACACCACAGACUAGAAAUCGUUCUUAAUGUCUGCAGGGAAGAUAUCGGCUUACAGGAUAUUCAUGUUUGCCAGAUAGGAGCGAUAACUACAUUACUCUUAUCCCCAACUUUUUAAGAUCUCAGGAUAUUCAUGCAAAUAAAAUCCUAAAGUGGGUGGUUCCAAGAAUUCCUGUACAGACUGCAAUGCCAGGAGAAUCAGCUCUCUCUUCUAAAUUAAAGUGAAAGCAUUUAAACAAAUCGAUAUAAACCAAACGAAGACAUUAAUGACACCCUUUUUACUCACUGGAAAACUUACAGAGCGAAGUGCAUUUACAAAGUGAA